AUGAACUGUAGUCCCAUUAUGAGUUCAGAUGACAAAAAAGAAACGGAAACAUCCAACGAAUGUGAUGAGGGCUUUCUACCUGAUGCGAAUCCUACUUUGGAAUCUCCGCGAUUCUCUAUAGCCAUGAAAAUGAAUCGUCAUGAUAAGGAUAAAGACACAUUGCUACCUCCUUCACCUCCAAAGUUUGUGUCAAUGAAUCAGCUUGCGGAAGCAGCUAAAGCAUUCUAUAAUAUGUCUUUAGCACAUGAAAUAACUGUGGAUUCUGAGUUUAGACUGGAAAAAUAUGAACCACAAGAAAAAAGUUUGGAAUAUUGUAUUAAAGAAACAAUGCAUAGAGCAUUUUGGGAUAUUUUACGAUCUAGUUUAGAUUGUGAUCCUCCAGACUAUGAACCAGCUUUACGCUUACUGGAAGAAGUUAAACAGUCAUUACAAAGUUUAGUUUUGCCUAAUCAAACAACAUUGAAAACACUUAUUGAUAAUCUUUUGGAUAUGGAUAUAGCUAAAUCUCAAUUAGAAGAAACUGGUUAUUUAAGUUUAGAAAUUUAUAAAAAUGAAGUAAUUAAUUUAAUGAAACAAUUUUGUGCUCCAAUACAUGAUCAAGAAGUUGAAGAUUUAAGAAAAAUCGAUGAUCCAAUUGAUGCAUUCAAAAAUGUCUUUAUUCUAUUGGAUAAAAUGCAUAUGGAUUUGGCUAAUUUUACAAUUAAACAAAUGAGACCAUAUAUUCGUCAACAGGCUGUUACUUAUGAACGAACAAAAUUUGCUACAUUUUUAGAAGCUCAACAAAAACUUGGUAUUGAUGGCUUAGCUCAUACACGUGAUUGGAUUAAACAAGCACAUGAUAAUCUUCUUCAUGUAUCACAUCAACCAAUUAAUCAUGAGUGCCCCAAUGCAUCCAGUAAUAUCAGCACUAAUAAUAAGAACACUCCAGUGGAUCUUAAAAACACUUCAGAUAGUUGUUCUACCACAAGUAAUGAUACUAUCCCAUUGACACCGAAUAAUAUACUACGUGAAGCCUACUUGAAGUUAUUGACAUGGCCACGUGAUCGUGAUUGGCCUGAGACAAUGCUCAUGGAUCAAUAUCGUCUUAUAGAUUUAGGCAAUCAAUUAACUAUUAUUGUCAAUUUAACAUCUCUUGUUCUGGUUGUAUGUAAUUAUAUAGCAUCGAAUGUAUCAACAUUCACUACAACUGGAUUAUCUUCAUUAACUGCAACAAAACCUAUUUUAUCAAUUCCACUUGAAACUAGUUUACCACAUGAUGCAAUGAUACAAUUGAAAAAAUCUAUUUGUCAAGAUGUUGCACCAAUAUUACAUGGAAUCUCUUUAAAUUAUAAACCUGAUCAAUUAGUUGACGAUAUAAUUGAACAAGUUAUAUUGACCAUUGAAUUAUGGUAUAAUCGAUGCAUACAAUCUUGUAAUUUAGUUACAUCAUCAUCAUCUAACUUAUCAACAUUAACUGACCAUAAAUCAUUAUGUACAACUGCUUCUAUGACAGAUUAUGGACGUAAUGAAUUAAGCUUACAAUUGACUUCAGUUAUUAUCAGUGAACAUCCUGUUUAUAAACUUAUGUAUAAACGAGCUAUGGAUUUUCUUCGCUCUGCAUUAUCAUCCUAUCCUCCUGAACCAUUACCUUUACCUCCAGGUUUCAGUGUUCUGCUUGAUCUUGAUCAAGAUAAACUCAGUUCUUCCACCAACGAAAAUGGGACUACUGUUAAUUCUGUUGGUUAUUUACGAAAACCUCCAUUAAACAUCCCGACAACAAUGAUGUCAGGUGGUAGUAGUACCACUACUGGAUUACUUUUUCAUUCUUCCCCUUCUAGUCCACAUAAAGAAUCAAUGAAUAGUUUUAAAACUUCUAAAUUUGAAAUAUUAAGUUUAUCCGAUUUAGCAAGUCGUCUUCUACCAUUAUUAGCUCAUAAUCGUCAUGUAUUUGGUUCAUAUUAUGCUGAAAUUAUUCAACCAUUACUUAUGCCGGAAAUUCAAAAACCUUCUAAUACUAGUAGCGAAAAAUGA